UCAUCUAGCACGACAGCAGGUACCGAGUCAUCUGGCACGACAGUGGGUACCGAGUCGUCUGGCACAACAGCGGGUACCGAGUUCUCUGGCACGACAGCGGGCCCUGAGCCAUCUAGCAGAACCACGGGCACCGGGUCACCAGGCUUGACUGCGGGCACCGAGUCAUCUGGCACGACAGCGGGUACCAAGUCAUCUGGCACGACAGCGGGUACCGAGUCAUCUGGCACGACAGCGGGUACCAAGUCAUCUGGCAAGACAGCGGGCACCGAAUCAUCCGGCAAGACAGCGGAAACCGAGUCAUCUGGCAAGACCGUGGGCACCAAGUCAUCUGGCAAGACAGCGGGCUCCGAGUCAUCUGGCACGACAGCGGGCUCCGGGUCAACUGACACGACAGCAGGCACCGAGUCAACUGGCAGGACAUCGGGCUCCGAGUUAUCUGGCAAGACAUCGGGCAUCGAGUCAUCUGGCAAGACAGCGGGCACCGAGUCACCAGGCACGACAGAGGGCUCUGAGUCAACUGGCAUGACAGCGGGCACCGAGUCAUCUGGCAAGACAGCGGGCACCGGGUCAUCUGGCUCGACAGCGGGUACCGGGUCAUCUGGUUCGACAGUGGGCACCGGGUCAUCAGGCAUUGGAUUGUCUGGCUCGACAGCGGGC